AUGGCGGAUCUGAAGUAUCUCUUUCUCAUCACGAAACACCCAUCAAAGACACAGAUUUUACUAACUUGUUUUUUCUUUCUAUCUCUCUUCCUCCUCUGCUCUUCGUCUCUUUCAGAUUUCUCUCCUUCACUCAUCGUCUCGAGCUUCACCUCUCGUCUUCUCACGGCGGCUAACUUCUUCUCUUCCCCUUCUUCUUCUUCUACUUCGACUGCUUCAGACACAAACACGCUCUAUUCCGUUUCUCCGAGAAGAAUCCGAGUCAAGAACGAGUCGGUGAUUGAUUCAGCGAGCAAAGAACUUAGUUCUUGCGACAUAUUCGAUGGAAGUUGGGUCUUUGACAACUCCGAGCCGAUUUAUCUUCCUGGAUUUUGUCCUUUCGUUGAAGACAAAUUCAAUUGCUUCAAAAAUGGCAGGCCUGAUUCGGAUUUUCUACGUUAUCGAUGGCAACCUCACGGUUGCUCAAUUCCAAGAUUCGACGGGAAGGAGAUGAUGGAGAUUCUGAGAGGGAAAAGACUUGUUUUUGUUGGUGAUUCGUUGAAUCGAAACAUGUGGGAGUCUCUGGUUUGUUCACUAAGAUCAACAUUGGACGACAAGAACAGAGUGUAUAAGUUUUCUGGAAGACAGAAUAAUCUCCAGAACGAAGGAUUUUACGGUUUCAGAUUCAAAGACUUCAAUUGCUCUAUAGAUUUCAUCAAAUCACCUUUCCUCGUUCAAGAAUCAGAAGUUUCAGAUGGAAACGGGAAGAGAAGGGAGACGCUUAGGCUCGAUACGAUCCAGAGAUCGAUCACAAAGCUAUAUCGAAACGCAGACAUUGUGAUAUUCAACACAGGUCACUGGUGGACUCACCAGAAAACGUACGAAGGGAAAGGUUAUUACCAAGAGGGAAAUCGAGUUUACGAAAGAUUAGAAGUGAAAGAAGCUUACACCAAAGCUUUAAAUACAUGGGCUGAUUGGAUUGAUUCCAAUAUCAACAUCACCAAAACCAGAGUCUUCUUCGUUGGUUACUCUUCUUCCCAUUUCAGAAAAGGGGCGUGGAACGCGGGAGGGCAAUGCAAUGGAGAAACGAGGCCGAUACAGAACGAGAUGUACACAGGAGGGUACCCAUGGAUGAUGAAAGUGGUGGAAUCAGUAAUAUCAGAAAUGAAGACGCCUGUGUUUUACAUGAACAUCACAAAGAUGACUUGGUACCGAACCGAUGGUCACCCCUCGGUUUACAGACAGCCUGUUGAGGUCCGAGGAAUGUUCCAAGACUGUAGCCAUUGGUGCCUACCUGGAGUACCUGACUCAUGGAACCAGCUUCUCUACGCUACGCUCCUACUCUCACGCAAAUUCCUUGCCUGA